AUGCAGGUGGAUGCGGUCGGCGAGGUUGACGCGAUCGGAUUCGACAAGCCGCGCUGCAACCUCUGCAAGACGCUCGGCCACGCUGCCGAGAAGUGCUGGUUCAAGGGCAAAGGUGGCGCCAAGGGCGACUCCAAGGGUGGCAAAGGUGAUGGCGGCAAGGGUGGAUCGAAGGGCGGACGCGGUGGCAACGCGCCGUCGAAUGAUAAGGAUAAGACAUGCCACUACUGCAAGAAGAAAGGCCACAUCAAGAUCAACUGCUUCAAGUUCAAGCAAGAUCAGGAGGACAGAAAGAAGGGCACUGUCAGCAUUGUCGAGAAGGAGGCCGCCGAAGUCAGCGUGAUGGUCGUGCCCGGCGAAGACGACUCUGACGAGCGCGGCUUCUGCGUGGCGCUGGCGAGCGACUACGUCGACCACGACUCGGGCGGGCACCAGGUGGGCAACGUCGACCACGGGUCGAACGGGCACCAGGUGGGCUUCGACGGCUGCGAGAGCUUCGGAGACCAGCUGGAGGGCGAGUUCGCGUGCCACGCCUGCGACGACACGAUCAUCAUGGCCAUCGGCGGCGGGGCCAAUCUUAAGGAGUGCGACGUUGACGACUUUCUGAUGCUGGAUGGGGUGUGCAAGGCCAACUUCAAGGUUGGCCCUUUCGCUCGGAACCUACUCAGCACUGGCAGAGUCUAUGAUGCAGGUUUUGACGUGGUCUACUCGCACAACGACGGGUGCUGCGUUGGCUACUCCAAGCCUGACGGGAGGUAUGUCAAGAUCCCGAUGGCACGGGGGAAGAACACGUUCGGGGCCCCUGCCAGCUUGCACAAGGACUUCGAGGACGCCAAGGAGGUGGCCAAGGAGACCAAGCGGUUGCAAGGCCGCUACCCCGACCAGCAGUCGGGCAUCGUCGCCGCCAACGAGGACGCGGUGGUGAAGGACGAGGGGGCCGUCCAGGAGCAGCGCUUGAAGGAGCUUGGGGCCGCGAUCUACGGCGCGAAGGGGCAGCUGUGGGCGAGGCUCGAGCAUGCUGAGCUCAAGCGCAAUCAGGACUUGGACUUCAAGAAGGCGGUCGAGGAGCGUUACCAGCAGCAAGUGGGCGGCCAGCCUGUGACAGAGGCCAAGGUCGUCGAGGACUUGCACAUCAAGCAGCCCGUGUGCGGCAGCAAUGCCAGAGAGGAGCUGAUUGUCUUCGACUGGGCCUUCAACGGCACUAAGGACACGGGCGAUCUCUGCGACGAGGCCGACAAGGGUCUCGGGGCAUUUCUUGUGGCUGCUGACCGCAGCGCUGGUCUACUCUACGGCGACGCGCUGGGGGGCAAGGCCGCGGGCGAUCACGCCGUGAAGCAGCUCAUGAGGUUCAUGAAGCAGCUCGCGUACCAGAAGCCAGAGCUCAGGUGCGACACUGGGCCCGCGGUGAAGGCUCUCCAGGACAAGGGUCGCACGCGGGACAGCAAGUCGAUGGGCUUCAUCGAGACGCGGGUCCGCUGGUGGCGAGGCCGCUUGAAGGCCAACAGGGUGCAGGUGGAGAUGAACUACGGUAUCAAGCUCGCGCCGCACUCCCCGCUCUGGCCGUUCCUCGCCCACCACGCUGCGAACGUGAUGAACUGGCGCUCGCGAGGUGCUGACGGUUACACGGCUCACUUCGCGGUCGACGUCGUGAACUACAUUGGGGCAGUGGUUUCCUUUGCUGAGGCGGUGGUGGCAAGGGUUCCAGUCAGCAAGACGGGCCAGCGACGUUCGAUGGGAGGUUUGGUUCCCAGGCGGACCAAGGCGGGCGCUGCCUGGGUCAAGGGGAUCUGGGUCGGCAAGACGACCAACAACGACGAGCGCAUCAUCCUGGCGAUUGCUGGCAAGGUGACCUGCAGGGCCGCCCGCAGGAUGCCCAAGGGGAAGCGCCGCGACAGGGGGCUCCUCCUGAAGGUCUGCGGCGAGCCCUGGAGGGAGAAGCUCGCGCACAUGCCUCGGUCCCUCGUCAUGGGCGGCGGCAGGGGCGAGGUCGCGCCGACGCCGCUGGAGGUCGUGGGCGCGGAGACCCUCGUCCUGAGGCCCCGGAGGCCCGGGCUCCUGAGGCCCCGCCGAGACUUGGCGGAGAGGGGACGCUACGAGGACCCGAUCGUCGGGGCCAUCGAGGACAUCAGCGAGACGCUGGACUACAAGGCGCUCCUGACGGCCAAGGAGCUCACGCACUGGGACAGCAGCGGCUUCCCCCAGGAGGAGGCGGCCGAGGCGCUCGACAAGGGCUUGAAGCUCUGCGAUGAGUUCGGCAUCUACUCAGUUCAUCCUCGAGCGGCCGCCGACGGCAAUAAGAAGGUUGAUACCAAGUGGGAGAAGAAGGACCGUGCUGGGGUUCUUAAUAAGUACAGGCUGGGCCUGGAGCUGCACAUGGGCGACUUCUACUGCACGGGCCGCAAGAGCGAGGUCGAGAACUGCCUCCCGAUGAUCAGGGCCAAGCUGAAGUUGAAAGACAGCGACGUCGUCGCCGAGGGCCGCUUUGGGUACCUCAAGCGGACGAGGAUCAAGACGGACGAGGGCAUCUUCGUGCAGCCGCGCGAGAAGCACGCCCUCGACGUCAUCACGGAGCUAGGGCUGAUGGGCGCGAAUCCAGUCAAGACUCCAGACUUGGGAUCGGAAGAGGUCCUGGAGCAAUCCCCGCCGCUCGUCGACAGGCAGAUCGCAAGGUACCUUUCGUGCGUGGGGAGUGGCCUCUACCUGGCACAAGAUCGCACCGACAUCCAGCGGGCCGUGGGGUUGCUGGCAUCUGACCUGGCGGCGGCCGCGGAGCUCUCGUGGAAAAGGCUGCUUCGCCUUGGGCGCAACUUGGUCGGGGCGUCCGACCUGGGCGUGUUCACCCCGAAGGUUGAUAUGAGGAUCUACAAGAAGGGCGCGGUCCACUUGAGGAGUUUCUCCGACAGCGACCACGGAGGCAAGGGGGCGAAGCGCAAGAGCACGACCUGUGGGGUUCUGCACGCUGAUGGUGUGGCGUUGGCGACGCCGGUGAGGAGGCAGGAUCUGAUUGCAGUGAGUUCUGGAGAGAGCGAGUUCUACGCGCUGAGCACUGUGGCCAUGGGCGGCAAUAUGCUCAGGGAUGUGCUCACAUGGUUCGGGUUUCGUGUCGAGUGGACCUUGGAGACGGACUCUUCAGCAGCUCGCGCGAUGUCCUUGAGGCAGGGCGUCGGGGAGGUCCGCCACCUGGACGCGCGAUCACUUUGGGUCCAGCAGGCUGCGCGCGCGCUUGGGCUGAAGGUGCUGAAGUGCAAUGGCACCGAGAAUCCCAGUGACAUUGGGGCGAAGCCACGCACGUCCGAGGUUCAUGAGCAGCUCUGCAAGCAAGUGGGACUACGCCGACUCAAUGGAGAUCUGGGAGCUGUUCGCGAGGUCGAGGUGAACGCUGUGAUCGAGAAGCUGGGGCGGACAGCUUGUGGCACGCAGUGCG